AUGGCUUCAGAGACAGCUGUCAGCCGUGAGGGGCUCAGCAUCCCGCUCAUCGACUUUUCCAAAUUCCUCCGCGGCACCCACGAUGAGCGCAAGAAGACGGCAGAUGCCAUUCUUUCGGGCUUCCAGACGGCCGGCUUCAUCUACCUCCGCAACCACGACAUCGCACCGGACCUGGUGAAGCACACGUUCAAGCGGUCGGCCGACUUCUUCGCGCAGGAGGACCAGGCCAAGAUGGACGUGUGCUGGACCACGCCCCAGGCCAACAGGGGAUACUCGGCCCCCGGCCGGGAGAAGGUGUCGCAGCUCAAGGACGCGAGCGACGUGGAAAAGGUACGGUCGGCGGCUCCCGAUCUCAAGGAGAGCUACGAGAUCGGACGCGAGAGCGAAGCCGGCCUCCCGAAUCAGUGGCCAGUCGAGGACGGCGGCCGCAACGCCGAGAUGGUGGGCUUCAAGACCGACAUGCUGCGCUUCUUUGAUGCCUGCAAGGCCAUGCACGUCGAGGUCAUGAGGGCCAUUGCCGUGGGCAUGGGCCUUGACGAGACCUUCUUCGACCACUUUGUUGAUGUGGGAGACAAUACGUUGCGUCUGCUGCAUUACCCGGCCGUCGACUCGGACACGUGGAAGCUCAAGCCGAACACGGUCCGGGCUGGCGAGCAUAGUGACUACGGCUCCAUCACGCUGCUCUUCCAGGAUAGUCGCGGAGGUCUGCAGGUCAAGAGCCCGACUGGCAAGUUUGUCGACGCCACGCCCAUAGAGGGCACCAUUGUCGUUAACGCCGGCGACCUGCUCGCGCGAUGGAGCAACGACACCAUCAAGAGCACCAUUCACCGCGUCGUCGAGCCCCCGCGAAAGGAGGGCGCUCAGUAUCCGCCUCGGUACUCCAUCGCAUACUUCUGCAACCCCAACUUCAAAGACUUUAUCGAGGUCCUGCCGGGGACGUAUUCUUCAGAGGAGGAAAAGAAGUACAAGGGCAUCACGAGCGGCGAUUAUCUUGUCCAGCGACUUGCUGCCACGUAUUAG